AUGGAAAGCUACGCAACUGAAGCACCUGAGAUCGCGUCGGAUCCUGCAAAGUUUGAAAAGGAUUCUGGAUUUAGAUCCUUGGAAGCGGAAAGCGCGACUCAAGACCGAGUCGAUAGACAUGUCGUCGACUUUGACGGCCCCGAUGAUCCAGAGAACCCUCUCAAUUGGUCAAAUACGCGCAAAUGGUGCCUUGUGGGCCUGAUAUCCGCAAUGACCCUGGUCACGAACCUUGCAACUCUCAUGUGCGCACCCGCGGCCCCACUAAUAUUGCGGGAAUUCUCUUCCAACAAUCAACUCUAUCAGACACUCCUCGUGUCCAUCUGGGAGCUCGGCGAAGCAUUCGGACCCCUGUUCAUCGCGCCCUUAUCUGAAAUCUAUGGCAGAGCACCGGUAUACAAUGCCGUCAACAUCCUUUUCUGCAUCUUCUCAAUCGCUGGGGCCGUCAGUACUAACAUGCACAUGUUUAUUGCAUUUCGAUUUCUGAACGGCAUCACCGUGGGGGCCAUCGUUCUCAACCCCUGCAUUGUUGGAGACCUUUUCGUGACCGAGAGACGAGGCAAUGCCAUGGCUAUUGAGGGUAUAGCUCCACUGAUCGGGCCAGUCCUGGGCCCUGUAAUCGGAGGCUACGUAUCCCAAGCGAUCGGUUGGCGCUGGUUGUUCUGGUUGGCAGCUAUAUUCGCCGGCGUCACCGAGAUCGGGUUCCUCGCCUUCUUCCGUGAGACCUACAAGGUGCGGAUUUUGGAGAGGAAAGCUGCUCGACUGAGGAAAGUAACAGGUGACGAUUCUUACAGAUCCGUCCACCACGUUACGCACACAAUUAUGGGCUUUUUGACCGUCUCCGUCAUGCGGCCGGCGCGGAUGCUUUUUCUAUCCCCAGUCAUCUUCCUCUUAGGGCUCUACGUCGCCCUUGUCUAUGCCUACACGUACGUGCUGUUGACCACAAUGACCGAAGUCUUCGAGCAGAGAUACGGCUUCUCGACCGGCUCGGCCAGUCUCACCUUCCUAGGAUUAGGCAUCGGCCUCACCGCAGGCCUGCUCCUCUGCCAAGCGACCCUCGACCGCUACGUCUCCCGCGCGCAAACCCGCGGCGCCAUGACGCCCGAACAGCGCCUACCCCCCAUGAUCGCCGGCGGCCUCGUCAUCCCCGCCGCCCUGCUCUGGUACGGCUGGACGGUGCAGGCCCGCGCCCCCUGGACCGCCCCCGUCGUCGCGACGGCCACGCUCGGCUUCGGCGUCGCCGCCACCGUCCUCCCGGCCUUCAGCUACCUCGUCGACGCCUUCGGCCUCCACUCCGCCUCCGCCGUCGCCGCCACCAUCUGCCUCCGCUGCGUCGCCGGCGCCGCUUUCCCCUUGGUCGCCCCAAGCCUGUACGACCGGCUCGGCGUCGGCUGGGGCACGUCGGUGCUGGCGGUAGUCGCGCUCGUUUUCCUCCCCGUGCCGCUUUUGCUGAUGAGGUUCGGGGAGCGCGUAAGGUUGCGGUCGAGGCUUUUGGUCACGUAUUGA